ACAGAGCUCUGACGGCCGGGGCUGUCACCGCAGCGUCCUCCCAUCUGUGCGGAGCCGAAAGGCGGACCGGGGCUGCAGGCUGAGCGGAGCGGAGCGGAGCUCUCACUGACCGCAGGCCCGACGACGCACAACUACUCCUGGUCGUGGGAGUAGUUGAGUAGAGUAGAGGCGCGAACUUUGGGCUACGGUAGUCCGGUCCAAGUCUUUUAACCUUGGGACGUUUUAAAGGAACUGAACGGGACAAAAACAACAACUCUGAAGACUUAAAAAUUCUUCCUUUGCGAUUUUUUUUCUGCGUCUACAGGAACAAGAAUGCCUCUAUAGCAUCUUUUUUUUAAUUAUUUUUAAUGGAAAGCUCUAAAUAUUCACACUUUAUUUCCAUGUAUCUAAAGGUUGGGGGGAUCUUAUAGCCCAAAUAUUAGUGGAUAAUCAGUGAAUGCAUGACUUCGGGUCGUCUCGCGCCGGAAUCUCUAAUUGGACUCAUCAUCCCGUCCCGUCCCUCUCGCGAUGCAGCAGGAGCGCCUGCUGAAGGUGCUGGUCAUCGGCGACCUGGGUGUGGGUAAGACGUCCAUCAUAAAGCGGUACGUCCACCAGGUGUACUCCCAGCACUACAGGGCCACCAUCGGGGUGGACUUUGCCCUCAAAGUGCUCAACUGGGAUCACAAGACGGUGGUGCGGCUGCAGCUGUGGGACAUCGCUGGACAAGAACGCUAUGGGAACAUGACCCGUGUGUACUACAGAGAAGCAUUGGGGGCCCUUGUUGUCUUCGACAUGACCAGGUUGGCCACGUUUCAGGCUGUCCUGAAGUGGAAACGAGACCUGGACUCAAAAGUCACUCUGAGCAAUGGGAAGCCCGUUCCAGCCGUUCUGCUAGCCAACAAGUGUGACCAACGUCAACUCGGUCUGUGUCCCAAACUUCCAAAGCUGGAGAAGUUCUCCCAAGACCACGGCUUUGUUGGCUGGUUCGAAACAUCUGCUAAGGAUGACACCAACAUCGACAGUGCCAUCACGUGUUUGGUUAAAGCGAUCACGUCUGCGGAGGAGGAGAAAGCGUCGCGUGACGCCGCUCCAAGCGAGUCCGACGGCGGAGUCAUCGUUCUGCCUCGUUUCGACCACAGCGCCAAGGAGAAGGGACUCAACGGCUGCGCCGGGUGCACCUCCACCAAACCCAGACCCGGAGCCAGCGACUGAUGCAGAUCCACUAAUAUCAUGGAGCGAUGACUUCAAGUCUUCCCCUUUCUAACAUUUAGAAGUUUCCCUAACUCUCUGACGGUUUUUUGGAAAACUCUAUUGGAGAUGUUUUCUGACAUUUCUGCUUUUCCUCUAAGUCUCUCUCUCUUUUUUUUUUAACAAAAUGGGUAUUGUAUGUUUUUUUUAAGACCAAUUUAAGACUGACUUCAGUAACUUCAAAAGCAUUUUCAUGUGGCUGCUGUGUUGGGAAAGAGUUUUGAGACAAAAUGAGGCACGAGCGCAGCAUUCUUCUCAGAAAGAUGAUUGUUAAAAGCACAUCAGCAGUUGUGAGACUUUUCUCUCUCCUGUCUUAAAGUCUUUUCUUACAAAGCGUUUUUUAAUUGUCCUAAAUGUUUGUCUCUGAAAGCUAAUUUCUCUGUGUAUUUGUGAGUGAUUUAUUUAUAUUUUACAUCAGUUAAUUAUUAGACAAAACUCUGUCAUGUUUUACUCUGUUCUGUCUGCAUAAAAGCACAACAUCUCUGUUUUAAUGAUGCCCGUUGUUUUUGUCCUGAAACAGAAAAUCUUUUCUUUCUUUUUUUUAUGAUUCAUAAAUUAACUACCACCCAGAGCACACGUCUUCGGAAGCAAUGAGACCUAAAUACAUGGCGAUGCUAGGAGGAAACCUUCCACAAUGGCUCUUAAUUUGGCAGAAUCAAAAAAUACAGACAUAGCAAAUGCAGAUUUGAGGAGUUUUGGAAUAAACAUUGCAUUAAACCUCCACAAAAGAAUAAUACAAGUAUCAUAAAAAAAGUAUCAAUCCUCUUUUUGUAAAUUCCUUUAAAAAUGACCACAAAUUCCCCACAGUAGAUAUUCAAGUUGCCUUUUCACAGAAGCUUACAUAACAUUUGCAACUCUAAAUAAGUUUUAUUUUGUUGGACUGAGGGCAAAAACAGCUAUUUGGCUUCUAAAGGUUGCAGACUCUUGGCUCAAGGCGUAUCUGUGUGAUAAAACGACCAAUUCCUAAAUCUAACAUUAGAAUCCGUUCCAAUCCUUGAAUGUUGCUCUUUAAAUGUCCUCUCUAUCUGGUCUGACUGAGGUAAUUUGCAAAGAAGAAUCUAAAUCAUUUGAGUUUCUAAAUGUAGAAAGCUGGUAAAGAAAAAAACCCCUGAAAUCUCUCUGGCUGUAAUAGCUCUAUUUCCUGAUAGUCCUCCAGAUUCUUUUAGAAUUUGACAAAUUAGGAUUUGCCGGAUCAGUCUUAGGUUCUCCAUUUUCUGUCGUUAUCAGUCACCGUCUCUCCAGGUGACGCUCCGCAAACGGGACACGUCGCUCUUUGUUCGGGUGUGGAUGUUUGGCCUUCUCUGUGAAGACGACUUGUAUCCUGGACGCUAAUGAAAGGCCCCCCCUUCCGGCUCUUUUUCGCCACUUUUCACGAGGUUAAAUGUCAUCGUCUGGGAAAUCUCUCCUUUAAAUGUCAUUUUCCACCUCAGAUGUUUCUCCGUAUUUUCCGUGAGCUCCAGCUUUUCAUUUCCUACACCCUGCUGCAUGUGUCAGCAGCUGGGAGCUUCGGAGUCAGUCCUCUAAUGGACCCAGUACAGCAUGAGGAUGGCUGCAUCUGGAAGGUUUAUCAUCUGUUUGCUGCUGAUGCUACACUCAACUAGAGCCCAGAAUCCCUCUGAGGACUCCUCUACCUCCUCCGACAUCUUGCUCAGCCCUCAGAGCCUCGUCAGCCUCUUGCUCCUGACCCUGACUGUCACCUUGUCUGGCACCGUCUACCUGUGGAUCCUCAGAUACGUGUGCAUUGGCUGCUGCCAGCCCGUCAUAGUCGGCCCGGAGUCUGAGGCUCUGGCAGUGAUGGUGUGAAGACGUCAAGUCGUAAUUAGAUCCUGGGAGUUAUUAACAUGCUUUUUUUCUAAUUGUACAUUUUAAUUUGCUUUGUUCGUGAGAACAGAGGAACGGUGAAGGUGGUAGGGGGAUGUGGCUCACCACCCAGGGGGUGGCUGUAGUUGGAGAAACUGAGUUUUUUUUUGUGAAAAGUGUACUUACUAAAUCACACAAAAGUGCAAAUUGAGAUUUAUGAAGUUGACGUUGGGGCCUCUGACAGAGAGGCUUGCCUGGGGCUACAUUAAUUCAAGUGAUGCCAAGGUAAUCAGAAUGACACUAAAUAUGCCUGUGAUUAACAGCAUAGCUAUAUUCACUGUGUGCUAAGCCAAGUAUUUGUUACAGAGAUGGAGAUUCAGAAAAUAAAAUGUGACAGUCUUCAUUCAAUACUUCAAGUUGGCCUCCUGACCUCUAGUCAAAGAAACCCUUUGAAUUUUAUACCUAUUUUUUUAUGUUUAACUUCCAGAGCAGUUCACGAUGUUGAAAAUGUACAGGAUUCUGAGUUGCUGGUAUUUUUUUACUUCCUUUAAAGGGGCAGUAUUUUGUGUUUUUCAGGCACAUAGUGCCAUUUUAUAGCAUAACGAAGUAACUGAACUUCAGUUGUAAUAAAAUGCUGUUAAGUCAAAUGUGACUUAAAAGAAAUUUUGCUUCCUAAUUUAACGCCUUGAAAUUGUGUCACUGUCUCUUUAAAACUUCUGCUCUUUCUGAAACUCCAGUUCACUUCAUUAAGUCGUCACGACCUCAUUCCUCCAUUAACCCUUUAACAGUGUUUUUACCAGCGUUGCUCUGAGAAGCAGCUCGUAUAAUGAGCUCAGCAUUUCAGAUGCGCAGUUCCACCAGGUGUUUGUUAAUUGCUGCUGGGUGAGUCGCGAGAGUCAGCGAAGGAGCUGCAUUGGCUCUAGCGUUUAGCACAGGUUGCCAUGGCGGUUAAAUGAUUUUUCUCAAACAUGCCUGAAAGAAUCAAGGUAACACUCCGGGUAUGUUUAUGAUAAGGAAAUCACAUUACAACAUGAGGUAAAGCUCAAACAAAGUCAGUUUUACAUAAUACUGCCCCUUUAGAAGCAAGAGAGGGUCUGGUUUAGUUUUAGGGUCCAGUUUAAAGCCAGUGUGUUUUAGCUAAUUCUGGAGAUACCAUUUAAACUGCAUAGCAAGUUUGAGGAAACAAACCAAAUUUGGUCAUCUGUGGUAUUUAGAUUCAUGUAGCUAAUAGUUUUUAACUCUUAUUGCGUUAAGCCGCUUUAGCUAAUAUGUUAGCAAACAUUUGUCUGUUUUAAAGUUAAGCACACAAAACCCAAUGCUAUUAUUCAUUAGCGUCAUGAUAGUGACUACUGAGUUGUUUGUUUAAUUCAGUAUUGGCGCUAUUGAUGCCAGUUAAUCUGGUUUAUGUCACACACAAAAAAAGCAACCAGCUAAUGCGCUAGUUGCUAACUUUUCCUAACUUGACCUGAGAGGUGAUAUCUGUCCAAAGAUAAUACGAUUUAGAAGUAGAAAAAAUGCAGUAAUGUAGGGCAAGAUUUUAGGGUCCCUCUGGUACUGAAAGACCAAAAAUAAACCAUAAGUGUGGAAAUUAGUUGAACAAUAAGCUAACAGUUAGCUAAAAAGAGCUGAAACACGCAAGAAUUGAGGUAAUCUUCUUACAAUGAGUCGCACAAGCAUGCAGAUAUGUUUUAAAAAAAUAUAUUUGUAAUGUUGAAAUUGAAAGGCUUCUUUUUUUUUUGUUCAAAUCCAAGUCAUUUGAGACCAGGCAUUUGUCUGUGCCAAGUCCAGUCCAAUACUGUUUAAAUAGAAUUAAAUUAGCGCCAUGGAUUUUGUUGGUGAACUGUAGAACUUUAAAUUGCAGUGACAGUGCACACCAUUUUGUCAUUAUUACGUGGUCCACAUUAUCAGUGGGAUUGUGUCCUGACUCAUUCACCACUGACAUUCUGAGUUUUAAAAAUUGUCCAAGACAUGCAUAACUUGGUGGCUAAUAUUAUGAGUGAAGCUGAGAUAAAAUCAUAACCAGGGUAUCUAAUAAUUGGUUUUAAAUCAAAACUUGCAAAUUAAUGAUACCAGUUGAAUAAACUAGUUGUUUAUAUAGGUGAAAGUAUAAUAAUUAAGGACUCAAUUAUCCUCUCAGUCAUAUUUUUUUAAAUGAGAGUACUGUUAUUGUGGUCUACUCUAUAACCAAUUUGUCUACAAUUUGUAUUAUAAUGCAAUAAUUUAAUGAAACAAAUGCAAGUCUUUGUUUAAAUAUAAUAAACACCAGAUCAAGGUGGUGCUGUGAAGAGUUCUGUAGUUUAUGAAUUUCAUUUAUUCAUAAAUAAAUGAAAUGUCUGUUCAGCCUCUGCCUUUGGAUGAGUAGAAAAAUAAUAUUUCAGAUGCCUGAAUGAUGGACUGAGGGUAUCUGUUAGAAACCGACUGUCAAAUCUACAUUUUAACAGAUCGCUCUCAUAAUUCAGCAGCGCCACGUUUCCUGAAAUCUGGCAGAAUGAAUAAGUGAUCUGAGAGAAUUUUGAGCAGCCUCCCGGCUUAACGGCGGCCCCAUUUGAUAUUUUAGCCCAUAAUUAGUCAUGCAUCCACAAAAUCUACAGCUUCUCCAUCAUAUGUGUGCUUUCUGAGGGACUCAUCUUUGGAGCAGUAACUUCCAUAAAUCAUGCUCUUGGUUCUUUGCAUCCACAGCCCCUGUUGAGUCCCACCUUUUUUUAAGGCUCAGACUGAUGUCGAAGUCUUCAAUUCGCUCCGACAUCGCUCUGAUCUGACUGACAGGCUGGACUCUGCAGCGGCCACUCUCAGGCAAAGUGAUAUAUGUAUUGUAAGAGACGGAUAAUGAGCACGUGUGUCUUGUGUUACGAGACUAUGAGAUCAGAUCAGGUUUGACGAGAACAGUAUCUCGUCCUGUUAUGUCCAGUUUGUCAUAAAACAAAAAUAUUGUAAGGUAAAAGACAGAAAACCCUUUUAGCAUGUCUGGACACCCUGAAUGCCUCAAAAUAAUAUGAAUAAAGAAGAAUUUCACAUGUUUUUAUUUCUAUAAUGUCAAACUUUAAGAGCUUGUGUGAAGCUGCUUGUUUUAUAUCCUUACUUAUACCGUACUGUAUCACUGUAAUUCUUAUGGUAAUUAAGUAUUUUUGAUGAACUGUAAAUAAAAAUCAUUAAAAUGGCUCAAA